UUCAUCUCCAACAGCUCCCCUUCCUUCUCUCUCUUCUCUCUCUCUCUCUCAAAAUCUUUGCAAUCAAACUCCGUGUUUUUCAGGGUGGGUUGUGUAUUGCAUAGUAAAUUGAAAUUUCUAAGUAUGAUGUACGAACACACACAUAAUCAUCUGGUUCAUCAUCAGCAACCAGUAACGAUGACUAUGGAUACCAUGAAGAUGGAUAUGAUAAGAAGGAAUAAGAGGGAGAGGAACAAAGAAUCCAACAACAACAACAACAACAGCAACAACAACAAAGACAACAAGCUUCGCACCGUUGACUUGAGCUGCAUGUCGUUGGAGUCUCUCCCUAUUCCUUCUCUUGAUUUAGCUACCAUUUCCAAGUUGGACCUUUCCAACAACAAUCUCCAGAACAUUCCGGAGUCGUUAACGGCGAGACUACUGAACUUGACGGUGUUGGACGUCCACUCGAACCAGCUAAGGUCCCUCCCAAAUUCAAUUGGUUGCCUCUCUAAGCUUAAGAUUUUGAAUGUCUCUGCCAACUUCAUCCAAUCCCUUCCUCAAACUAUUGAAAAUUGCAGCAGAAGCUUAGAAGAACUGAAUGCUAACUUCAACAAGUUAAGCAAGUUGCCGGAUACAAUAGGGUUUGAGCUGAUAAACCUCCAGAAGCUCUCCGUCAACUCCAACCAGCUUGUGUUCCUUCCAAGCUCCACCUCUCACCUUAUGGCUCUCAAGGUCCUCGACGCGCGCCUUAACUGCUUAAGGUCUCUACCCGAAGACCUUGAGAACCUAGUCAACCUUGAGACGCUGAAUGUGAGCCAGAACUUCCGGUACUUGGACACACUACCCUACUCCAUAGGGCUUCUAUUGUCCCUCACUGAGCUUGAUGUUAGCUACAACAACAUCAAGACUUUGCCCAAUUCCAUUGGGUGCCUCCAGAAGCUCCAGAAGUUGUGUGUUGAUGGGAACCCGCUUGCUUCGCCGCCAUUGGAGGUGGUUGAGCAAGGGUUAAAUGUGGUGAAGGAGUUCUUGUGUCAUAAGAUGAACUCGUCAGGGGACCAGAGUAGCAGAAAGAAGAAGUCGUGGGUCAAGAAUUUCGUCAAGUGUGGAACAUUCCAAGGACGCAUCAAUAGUGGUAUGAAACGGCCGCAACAUGACGGUUUCACCAAGCUUAAGCAUCAGUCCAUCCAUGGUCUCGCCUCGCCUGGUGGCUUCAUGGGGAUGCUCUCACCUCUUCGCAUCUUCUCACCUCGUCGUUCCUUUAGUUGAAAGCCAAUGCAGUUUAGAAUGUUAUGUUGGGAUCAAAAUAGAUCAAAAAUUUUGUGCAUGAGUUCCCUAAACGCCAAAAUCCACUCAUUCACCCAACAUAUACUAAUAGAAUAGUAGUCUUGUCUAUAUGUUAAACUCUAGCAAUCAUGGGGUGUGUGUUAACUGUAGGCCAGUACAUUUGUAAAUUUGAAGUUUAUUGCCAUAUCAACUUAUAGCCAAUUUUACUCUUCCA